GCCGCGAGCUCCAGGCGCCAUUUUGGAGUCGCUGUGUGGGUCGCUGUGUGGGCCGAGGCGGCGGGGGCCUACGCGGUGGCUGCGGCUAGCUGAAGGAGUCUUUCGCAGCUACGAGGGGUCCCGGAAGGAGAACGCGGACCGCGUGGGACUGAGAAAGGAGGCUUCUCCCGGGGCAGCCAGAACCGCAAAGGUGGAGCCGCGUUGGCGUCCGCCGCGGGACCAGCGCCUCGGAUGCGGGCGGAGCGCGGGGGGUCGCGGCGGCGGGAGCGCGAAGCGGGGCUCCCGGGGGGCCUCAUGUGAGAGCCGCGGAACCAGCAGCCGGCGUCCCCGGAGCCCGGGGUGGUGCGUGGGGGAAGCCGCCCCCGGCAGCAGGAUGAAACGAGGAGGAAGAGAUAGUGACCAUAAUUCAUCAGAAGAAGAUACUGCAGAGAAAUCUAAGAAACUGAGGACUACAAAUGAGCAUUCUCAGACUUGUGAUUGGGGUAAUCUCCUUCAAGACAUUAUUCUCCAAGUAUUUAAGUAUUUGCCUCUUCUUGACCGGGCUCAUGCUUCACAAGUUUGUCGCAACUGGAACCAGGUAUUUCACAUGCCUGACUUGUGGAGAUGUUUUGAAUUUGAACUGAAUCAGCCAGCUACAUCUUACUUGAAAGCUACACAUCCAGAGCUGAUCAAACAGAUUAUUAAAAGACAUUCAAACCAUCUUCAAUAUGUCAGCUUCAAGGUGGACAGCAGCAAAGAAUCAGCCGAAGCAGCUUGUGAUAUAUUAUCGCAACUGGUAAAUUGCUCUUUAAAAACACUUGGACUUAUUUCAACGGCUCGGCCAAGCUUUAUGGAUUUACCAAAGUCUCACUUUAUUUCUGCACUGACAGUAGUGUUUGUAAAUUCCAAAUCCUUGUCAUCGCUUAAGAUAGAUGAUACCCCAGUAGAUGAUCCAUCCCUCAAAGUACUAGUGGCCAACAACAGCGAUACACUCAAGCUGCUGAAAAUGAGCAGCUGUCCUCAUGUCUCUCCUGCAGGCAUCCUUUGUGUGGCUGAUCAGUGUCACGGCUUACGUGAGCUGGCUCUGAAUUACCACUUGCUAAGUGAUGAAUUGCUGCUGGCUUUAUCUUCUGAAAAACAUGUUCGAUUAGAACAUUUGCGCAUUGAUGUAGUAAGUGAGAAUCCUGGACAGACACACUUCCAUACUAUUCAGAAAAGCAGCUGGGAUGCUUUCAUCAGACAUUCACCAAAAGUGAACUUAGUGAUGUAUUUUUUUUUAUAUGAAGAGGAAUUUGAUCCAUUCUUUCGGUAUGAAAUACCUGCCACCCAUCUUUACUUUGGGAGAUCAGUAAGCAAAGAUGUGCUUGGCCGUGUGGGAAUGACAUGCCCUAGACUAGUUGAACUAGUAGUAUGUGCUAAUGGAUUACGGCCACUUGAUGAAGAGUUAAUUCGCAUAGCAGAACGUUGUAAAAAUUUGUCAGCUAUCGGACUAGGGGAAUGUGAAGUCUCAUGUAGUGCCUUUGUUGAGUUUGUGAAGAUGUGUGGUGGCCGCCUGUCUCAAUUAUCCAUUAUGGAAGAAGUAUUAAUUCCUGACCAAAAAUACAGCUUGGAGCAGAUCCAUUGGGAGGUGUCCAAGCAUCUUGGUAGGGUGUGGUUUCCAGACAUGAUGCCUACUUGGUAAAGACUGAGUGAUGUAGGGCAUGAUGAAUAGCACCUUAACAUUAAGGAUAUUGUAUUAUAAUAAGAGUUUAUUUCCUAUAGUUCUGAUGUAAUUCUACUAUUUUGUGGCAUGGAAAUUUGAUACCUGCAUUGAAUAUAUAAGGAUUGUUUAUUGGAAGACCCAUAGACCACUUUUGGUCAGAAAACUUCAUCUGUUUCUUUAGCCUAACAGCAGUCAAAUCUCAGAAAAAAAUUUUUUAAAUGUGGUUCAGAUCUGAAAGUAAUAGUCCAUUAUAAAGAUGAAACAUUUUACAGCCUGAAAGAAACAAAACCUAUAUAAUAUCCGAGAAGUGAGUACUAAGAAGUUUUCCAAAAUGUUAUGUUUUCUAUGCAUUUUUUUAAAAUGUAAACUUGACAUUUUAGGGUCUUCAGUUAUACAUACACCUGUUAUAAGGUGUUUAAUAUAGCUCAGGACAGUGAGCAUUUUGUGAGAAAAAUGUAGGCUAUAUCAUAUCGAAUGAAAGAAAUUGGUUGAAUGUUCUCAGAUAUGUUACAGAGCUGUUUAAAGAGAUAUGUAUAAGUAAUUGGAUCUAUUAGAAAAUUGGUUUGUGUCACACAGUGGUUAUUAUAGAAGGAUAAUAAACAGAGCCAAGAUCAAAUUAAAAGAAAAUAAACAGAAGGGAGGCAGUGUUUAGUUUUGUAUAAACUUUCAGGUUUGCUCGAUAAUCUGCUAAACCAUAUAAAUUCUCUUCUGUGAUAUAUUACUAUGUAUGUGACACUUUGAGGCAUCCUAUGUAAAGUAAGGAAUGCUUUGCCAGUUUUCCUUGGUUUUGUUUCUUUGUUUAAGCUAGUUUUGAGUAUUAUAUACAUUAAUUGAAAUGAAAAGCUUAUCUAUUUAAAAAAGCCAAAUUGAGGUAAUUAAAGGUAGAACUUUAAAAUGUUUAUAAAUUAUUUCCAUGAAAGAAUAUUAUUCUCCAGUGAAUUUUAGUGAUGGCUCAUUUUCCAUUUUGGAAUUAAAUAGUUACAUAAGUAGAAUUUCAAAAAUCAUAAAAGGAACACCACUUGUUCAGUAUAAACAAGUGAACUCAACACAGGAUAUAUUUAAGUUCAUAAUCAUAUUUUUGAGUAAAUAUCACUCAGUGGACUGGAAAAUUUUAAUAGAACAAUGUCUGCAAUUUUGUGAUUGUUAAUUUGGUUAAAAUGCUAUUUUAUAUUAUUUAAGUUAGGUAGCAUUUUUAUUUCAUAUGAAUAAAGGUAAACCAUACAUUGCUAUAAAAAAUACUAAGUUUGGGGCUACAUUUAGUUGUUUUUAGGUAUUAUAUAAGCUUUGAUUCUGAGCACUAAUGCUAGUAGAUGUUACCUUCCUAAGGGAAAUUAGAAGUGAUUUACCCCCAAUGGAAUAAUAUAGUAAUGCUUGAAACUUUUAGAAAGCAUCAUUAUGGAAGCUAACAGUCUUACAGCUCUAAUCUAUUUUUUAAAUAGAUUACCUUCCUAAGAAUAAAGUAAGAGGUGAUUUUCUACCUAAUUUAUACUUUUCAAAAGUUCUGGCCACAUGCAAAUGAGAAGAAAAGAGGCUGAUCCAGACUUGGAAAUUAAAUGCAAUUAUUGUAGUAUUUUCCCUUCCUACUAAAUAGUCAAAAGCUUUAUACAAGAAAUACAUGUGAUAGUGGAUAAGCCUUUUUUCCCUUGAACAACUUUGGAAAAUGGAUUUGACAGUACAUAAUCAGUUCUACUAACCAAAGCUUUACUUAGAAAUUUACUUUUUUGUACAAACUGAAUUAUAUAAUGCUUGAAAUACCUUAAGUCACUUUAUAAGCAAAAUGCAUAGCACUUACUUUGUUUAUACUGUAAGUAUAUGUUAAAUGCUUUUAUCAAUUUGAGAAUAAAGAUAGUUACUAAUGCUGUUGUAUUAUUAUAAUUUUUAAUUAUACUACACUAACAUAUAUAGAUUUGGUUUCCCAACAAGUUAAACUUAUAAACUUAUGGUUUUAGUUUCAAAUUUAUAUUUGAUGAAUACAGUGUUUAAUUUUGAAUAUGUUUAUGGUAAAAUGACUAUUAUAAAGAUGUAAGAUUAGGUAAAUGAGGUCUAUUCUUGAAAUAAGUUCUGAUGACUAAAGUGAUAGAAAAUAAAAACUCACCAUGAAAUGUAAA